ACAGAUAAUAAAUAUAAGAAUAUAGAGAAAGUAUUUCUAGCUAUUAUAGCUGGAUAUGCAGAUGAGGAGAUGGCAAAAUGCAUUAGAGCAGUUGUUAACUUCAUAUACUAUACAUACUAUAAAGAGUAUACAACUGAGUUAUUGAAAAAACUGGAAGAUUUGUGGUAUACCUUUUAUAAAUAUAAAAUCUUUAUUGACCAGAGAAUAUGUGAUUACUUCAAUAUUCUAAAAAUUCAUUUCAUACACCACUAUACUUCAAUGAUAUACUCACAUGGCUCUACAGGUGGUGUCAUGAUUUUAGCCCCUAAAUCAUGCCUAGCUGCUUUGGCUUGUGACUUGAUCAGAAACUGA